AUGGAAGACAGUCAAAAAAAAACCCCAGAAAAUCGAAGCAGCCAGGUUACAAUAGCACUCAUCAAGACCUCCUAUUUGAAGCUCAGUCACGGCUUCAAAUCUGGUAAUUCUACCGAUGGUGUAGCUGGAGACAAGCCAACUACAAUCAAGAUGCCUCAUGCCAUCACACGUCAAGCGCCGACGAAGUUUGGUACUAGGUGCUAUGGGAUCUUGGAGGACUUGUUUAUAUCUUCACUUCCACAUCUACCCACAUCAAUUUCUCUUCUGGCAAUCUCACUCGACACAGCUUUAUCUUCUUUGCUCGCUUCUUCGGUCUCACCACUAAUAUCUUCAGGAGGAUCUCUGCUUACACCUGCAGAUCGAGAAAUGGCACCAUAG